CUCCGUAGAUCACGGCCUGGGCGUCGGCAGUUCACUUACAGCUGUUUCUGCGUAGGAAACAAAAACACAAAACUCCUCUUCACCCAGCUGAGAGCUCGGAGGUGUCUCUUACAUAAAGGAAAACUUAAUAUAACCUAUUAAAAAAAUGCACUCAGUCACGCUGGACAGCAGUGGUUCGCCAAAGAAGCGGACGUUAUCACGGGGCAUGAGCGAGGAUGAGUCUCUCCGCAGCAUUAUAAAGGAGACAGAGAGUUCAACCAGGCGUCUGACACGAAGCGACAGCCGAGCAGGCACCCUGAAGAGGACGAGUGAGAGUCAGCAGUCUGACCAGGACCUCCUUAUGGGACUCCCCGAAAUGCUGGAGCUGCAGGCCAGCUAUGACGAGGUGGUGCAGGAGCUGCGUGGGCUGGAGGUCGAGCGAGAGGCUCUGUUGUUCCAGGUGGACGUCCUGCAGGACACGCUGGAGGGUGUCGAGGAGCUGCUGGCCGAGGCCCAGAGGGAAGCUGGACAUGCUAGUAUGGAGUUGGAACGAGAGAGGGAGGCCAAGAAGAAACUGGAGAUCAUGGUCCACUCUCUGAUGCAAGAGGUGGAGAGAUUAAGAGAGGAGAGGAACAAGGAACCAUCUGCUCCAGCAAACACACAUGGAAAUGGGGACAAGGGAACGAGACAAGGUCAAGGAAACCAAAUGAAAAAUGAUGCAGAGGGACCAAUGAAAGACUCCUUGCUGUGUGACCCCCAGAGCAGUGAAAGCAGAGGCAGAGCGUCAGAGGAAGAGGGACAGAGUGAAGGGGCAGAGGAUGAAGGAAGCGUCAUGACGAAGCUGCGGAAGAUGGUCAAUCGGCCCUUGAGCCACGUGCCCUCUCUCGCAAUAGACAGCCCAUUCUGUGAAGACGGGGUCCUGCAGAGGCCUUUCGAAAACGGCGUCCAGGAUGGACCAGACGACUCAGACAGCAUAAGUGCCUACGAGGAUGCAUCUGCUGAGACUCCAGAGCAAGAAAGGAUGUUCCCAGAUGAAGCGGAUGCUUUGGAGCUGCCUGAUGAUUCGGAGACGACUUCUAACGACUGCCCGAUCAAUCACGGGGAGACCCAAGACCCCAAAAACCCUGAAGCUUGUGUCGUGUCUUAAUCUGUUUACUGGGCAAAAGGUCAGACAUUAUUGAUCAUUGAUCAUUUGGUGUAAUUCAAGAGCUCUUUGAUCUUAAGUUUACCUACAUCUGAUAUUUAUGUUCUUAAAAAACUUUGAGGCCAACGGUAACAUUCAGAGUUGUAACUAGAGCUCCAACAAGUAGUCAGUUGAAAGAAAUGAAUCUGCGACUAUAUUGACAAUCGAUUCAUCGUUUUAGUGAUGUGUCAAAAACAUGCCAAACGAUCGCUGGUUUAAGCUUCUUAAAUGUGAGGAUUUGCUGCUUUUCUUUGUCAUAAAUAUAUAGUCAAAGAAAUAUAUUUGGGAUUUAAGCCGCUGGUGCGAAUUUGAAGACGUCACUUUAGGCUCUGGGAAAUUGUAAUGAUAAUUUUUCACUAUUUUUGACAUUUUAUAAAGUAACGAUUAAUCUGUAGCUUAAAUUGAUAAAUAAAAUAAUGGUUAGUUGCAGCUCUAGUUGUAAUACACUGUAAGAAUUGUAAGUUUCAGUUUUAAAUUCACAACAAAAAAACUCAGGAUCCAGGUGGUUUACCAGCCUGAAUUCCACUAAUGACUACUUAAUACUAUUUGCCAAUAAUUUCUUUUUAAUAUCUGUCUUAACUUCUUUAAAAAAAAUAUAUCUGUGGAUAGACAUGGAAAUAGUCCAUGCUGCUUUGACCGUUUACCUCUUUUAAUCUUUUGAUAAGGUUUGUUUGUGUACUAACAGCUGCGAGGACACACAUUGGGAUAUACCUGUAGACAAAACACAGUGAGCUCCAUCAGUAUCUGGACUUUUGAUGUUUUGGCUCCAGUCAUGUUAAAGUGUCUGGAAUUUACAGAGGCAGUCUGAACAUUUCAGACACUCCCAGCUGUUAACUGAUUUAAAGAUAUUUGAUGUGGCUGUCUUCAGCUGUAGAGCUCACUGUACAGAAGGUGUAGGAUGUGUUUGACACUGAUCUUUGGAAGCUAAGAUAAGACAAAGGCAGUCGUCCAAAAGGCUAUGGAAAACAGAUUUUUGAAGUAAGGGAAAAUGCCAUCUAUUUGCUGCCUUGCUGAUCUUUACAAAUUGUAUUUUUUUAUCUUUCAUAUCUGUCCCUUUUCCUGUUUUUAUGUUGAAUUUAGGGAAAUUGAUUUGGCUGCAUUUGCACUUUUUAAAGUUCUUGUAUUGUGGAAUAAAUUUAUUCGAUUACAUUAGAAGCAACAUUCCCUUAAAAGGACAGUUUAACCAAAAAUUAAAAAUACACAUUCUUUCUCCGACCUGUAGUCCUAUUUAUCAGUCUAGAUUGUUUUGGUGUGAGUUGCUGAGUGUUGGAGAUAUUGUAGAGACCUUCCCUCACAUAUAAUAGAAUAAAUGUCACUUUGCUUGUGGUGCUCAAAGUGCCAAAAAAUUUGAAACACUCAACAGCAAUGUCUCUUUCCAGGAAUCGUGACCUUCUCACUCAAGAUAAUCCACAGACCUUGUUGUGAGCAGUUUCAUGUAGGAACUAAAACAUGCAUCUACUGCCAGCUCACCUAGCACCACUGAGCUAGCUAACGUAAUGGCAUUGAUGUUUACACCUUGUGAUGUCACAGGAACAAGAGGCGUCCAUGGGUAGAUGCACGCUUCCUUCAUGGUGAUAAUAGCUGGCGGGUUUAGCUCCUAGUUGAAACUGCUCACAACACUAAAACAAUCUAUACUGAUAAACAGUGCCACAGGCAAGAGGAGAAAUAUGUAUUUUAUAUUUUGGGGUGAACUGUCUUUUCACAACCAAACACGUCAGUGAGAAGUAAUCAGCUGACCUGCUGCAGGCUGUAUUCUCUCUGCCUGCAUGGUAAUACUGUAUGCACAAUUGCAGUGAAACUUGCUGAAAUGAGUCUCUUUGGAUGUCUUUGAUUGCUGUAAACACUUUAUAUUUAAUUGCAAUUUUUUAAUGUUCGUUUUUACAAUGGUACAUUUCUUUUAUGCUUGAGGCAAGAAUCGACCCUUUCACCUCAUUUGUGAUAGUUUGCAUGAGCAUCUAAGAAUGUAUUUCCAAAUCGCACAUGACUUGAUCUAUGUCAUUUAUCAGUACUUUUGCACGCAGUACACAUAUAUUACAUAAUACUUUGAUCUAAGGUAUUUACUGCGACAAUUGGUGUUUUGAAGGGAUUUUAAUUUUACUUUUUUUGCAUAUAUAAAGUAUCAUUCUGUCAUUUCCUGUUUUUUAAGGUGGGUCUCAAGUUUGCAAAUAAUUCCAGUUUGAUGGGGCAUAUGUGACACUAACAUUUUUUAAAUGAAAAUGGCAAUUUUGAUAUCUGAUUCUGUUACACAAAAAAACAAAAGCAGAACAAUAUUAAAGCAUUAAUAAAAAUGUAGAAAUAUGUAGAAUGUUAACAGCAGCUGCACAGAGCUGCUCAUCAUUUUGUGGGUUUAUGGCGGCGUGUUAAUGUUUGUAUUGUUUCAUUUGUCUUUUAUAUCACUUUCAUCACACAGUCCUAUUUCAACAUAAUGCUGGUUCACAUGCUGAUACUUGAUUAUCUGUCGUGUUGGCUGCCGUUAUGCACAAAAUGAGCUGAUAGGAGGACGUUACUGUUACUGUAGUGCUGUGCGGUGGCACUGUAGUCAGUUCUUGAGCAAUCAGGUCAUUUGCAACCAAUGCUGGUCAGACGUUUCUAAAUGAACAUCCACAAUCAUUGGUUGUUUAUGCUGUCAUCAACAAUUGAUUUUAUUUUCCUGUUGGUUUCCUGUCAGGUCAAAUAAUUUGGUUUGUUGUAAUGAACCAAUCAAGUUACAUUAGUCUAACUUCAAAUGUUUAACUGAUCGAACAUCAUAUUUAAGCUUCAUUUUAUUUCUCAAAGCAGUGACAUUUCCACAACUUACAAAGUUAUCAAAGUGCUUUUCGUGUUUCAUUUUCCACAACAAUGCAAAAAAUAUGUUCUUCAUGUGAUCUGUUUUAUGGGGUAGAUAUUUUUGACUUGUCCUGAGCUUUGUAUUACAUGUUAAGAUGUAACAGUAAAUUACAUAGAUUUAUACUUGUAACACAAAAUAUGUUCCAAACAUAUCAAAAUAAAAAAAGUGAAAUAAUGCUGA